AUGUGGAACAAACUGUUCAAAACUAAAUCGAAAUCAUCAAAGAAUCUUUCCAAUCGCUCGUGCUCGUCUGGAUUGGAAAUUACGCCACCAAACCCAGGACCUUCGAAAUCCACCUCUAAUGGGCUUAAUCUUGUGGCCCAGUACGAGCAGUAUGGCAGUAGUUUUGGCGAAAUACCGGAGCCAGUGCGAAUGCGACUACGCACCGAUGCACACGAUCCGAAUGCACUCGAUCUUGCCAGCACCACGAACCAUCGCGAUUCCAUUGGCGUAGAAAUGUGCGGCAUUCCGAUGCGCCGGUCGAAGCUAUCCAGUGCAUUUAAAAGUUUAAGCUUGAAACGAAGUGCUUCAAAAAGUCGACUCAAAUUAGUUACUAAUCCGCUGGAAGCGGCUAGUGGGCACGGCACGGUAGUUACGGUCGACACUGAUGAUACAGAAAAGAAGAACCUUACCGACUACGAGAUCCUUACCGCCGGCAAACGGGCAUCGCUGAGACCGUGCAAAUCAGAUAAUAAUCUUAACGAAAAACAACAAUAUACAGAAACCGAAAAGGAAGAGCCUGUCUACAUCGAAGAAUGCAAGUCUUACAAAACGUUCGACCCCUCGUUCGAACCGCCACCGAACCUGGAACUGCAACCAUGUCCAAUCUGUUUGAGGAAGUUUGCGCCGUUAUCGUUGACCAAACACACCAGCAUUUGUGAGCGAGUUCAAACGAAAAAACGAAAACCGUUCGAUUCUUCCCGUCAGCGAAGGGAAGGCACUGAGCUUGCGUCUUACUUGCCGAAAAAUUUUGGACUCCCACAAAAGACGGUAAGCUCCUCAAAUGAGGCUAUACCCGUACGGAAGUUAAGUCUCAGCAAAACACCUACAUUUGAACGUAAAGAAUUCAGCCCUACAACGAUGUCCACGUCUAUGCCAAGUGCUGCGUGUACGCCAAAGCCGGUAUUAAAAAGGAGCAUGUCACAACAGAACGAACCAUGUCCGUACUGUGAGCGCUGUUUUGGUAUGAAAGCGUACGAUCGACAUGUCGAGUGGUGUCGUGAGAAAGCACUGCUGAAUAGAAACGUCAACAACAACCAAACCAUUUCAGCUGCGAAAGAAAGGCUCCAGGCUAGAAUUCAGUAUAAAGCUCCACAAAUACGAUCGAAACGUGCCUUAAAUCGAGAAAAAUAUUCGGGAAGUUUGAGUUGCGGUGGAUCUACGAACAGCCUAGCAGAAUUAGAUUUACACAUGCCACGUCACAAUUCGAUGAGCUCAUCUGUGUCGAGCGAUAACAGAAAAUUCCAUCUCUCACCACAUUCAUUGCAGCAAAACUCUUUGGGCAACAUUCUUAGCCUCACCAAGGAACCAAAAAUCAUCAAACGCGAAGAACCCAAAAAAGGCACGAAACGGGCCAAGACAUUAACACUCAGUAGUGAACGACUGCCUAGCGAUACGAACAAUAAUAACAAUAACAACAGCAACGUCACUAAUAAGAAUAGUAGCCACUGCAAUCACAGCUACCAUACCAACAACUUGAACAACAACCGAAUUGAUGCCGGUUGCCGUACUCAUCUAAAAAAUCUACUGAACCGUUCCACUAUAGACAGCAAUACGACGGUGCACAAGCAGCACAAACAACUACGGACUACCGAGCAGAGAGUUGAGAAGUUCGAAAUCAUUGGCCAUAACCAUAGCGAACGGAUGACCCAUCGACCGGUCAUCGCGCAAACAGUACGAUGUACGAGCAACAGUGGAUACAGCCCAGACCGGUACGAUCCAUUCCUGUCUGCUAGACGGCAGCUUGAGGAGUUGUUUUCUCCUGCUACGUCCUUGAUACAUGCCAGCUCCCCAGGUAGUACUACCAGCACAUCACGGCUCAAUCAGAUGAGCACUAAUGGUAGUACUGCUUCCGACAAAUCAACUAAUGGUGGUAAUACAGCGAAAAGUACGCACCACAAUUCGAAUUUCCGGCGAGCGUACUCUUUGCGAAUGCCACGCAAAGUGUCUCGCCCGAUGUAUGUGGAAAAGGCAAAGUCCAACAUACAGAAGGGUAUCACCGACGAUGGUCCGGUGUCACCCAAUUUUCUCAAAUCCUCUGAGUAUGACGAAUUGCCGAUAAAAUCGACAUUUAAUGCUCUGCAGAUGACGGAACCGAAACCGAAAUUGCGCGACUCCAGUACGGUUCGAAAGAAUCUUAAACUGGAUAUCAAGGAUCCAAAUAAUCCUGCCGGUGGUGAGAUACCACUGUCCAAAACGGAUUCAUUGGCCGUAUUUCUUAAGUACGAAAAUGAACUAGCAUUCAGCGAGAAGGAUAUGAAAGAUAAAAGUAAUAGUCUUAGCAAACGAACGUCAUCGUUAAGCGCAGAAGCAAAUCAACAGAAGAAACAAGACUUGCUGAACAUUGUGCAUCCCGUCGCGAAGAAUAAUGAAACCAUUACAACCGAUGAAGAACAAAUAAAGACUACGAAGCGAAGCGUUCCAACGGUCGAGCACGAAUCAGUUAAAAAACAAGCGCAAAAGCUAAUUCCAAUUAAGCUGGAGCCUAUCACUUAUAACAGUGAUAAUGUCAGUGAAUCUGUUAACAUUAAACCGAUGGUUAUUUCACUGGACGCAAUAAUUGGAAAGACUAGUAUUACGAAACAGAAGGAACUCCAAGUAGACAACGAUAAUCGUGCUGAUACUAGCUAUAUCGAUCCAAAGCUUAUAAACAAAUGUGAUAAUUUACCUAUAACUCUGGUCAAAUCUUCUACUAAGGAUAUCGAUGGUAGUUGCAGCAGCAGGAAUAGCAGCACUCUAGGCAACAUAUCUGCAGAAGGAAAGCAGUUUACAUUAAAAACUGUUGAACCGAAACUGGAACGAUCCGUUGCACCUCCACCGCCUCCACGAGUUUCUAUAAGUGUGGCACCAAAACCCCCAGAACGUACUCGUAAAGAAACUAGUUUCGAUUAUAGCAAAACCAACGAUGGCCACAUCAGCAGUACUGAAAGCAGCACAAGCAACAAUAGUAGUCCCACAGCAAGUCAUUCCUCGACCCCAGUGGAUCAUAGAGUUAACCAAAAUAGUACAAACUGUGACAAAAGACCACAACUUACUCGACAGGAUCGAGAAGAUUCGGGAUACCGUACCGGGCAUGAGUUAGGGCAGUCGGAUGCACAGGAACAGUCAAAAAACCCUUCCACACCAACGUCGACAAUUAAGAGAGAUGAUCAACCCAAACCCAAGAGCCCUGGAUUGCCAACAUCCUACAACCUUGACAGGCUGGUAUCACCAAGGUCAACGUUGAGCGAUUUUGUGAACACACGAUCACCUUCAAGCACCACUACACCGUCCAGUUCUGAUAGUCGUCGUGAUCGAUCGGUUAUAUCUUCUGCGCUAGAGCAUUUCGACGUUGAUGAAUUUAUGCAAUCUCUGGAGGAUUUACAUCGACGGUCGCCAGCCAGUGCGAAGGAUUAUAAACAUUCAUUGUUUGCCCGUACAAAUAGUUCCGUCAGCAGUCGUCGUGCUUUGACCACUCACAAUGAUUCUGCCAAUGGCAAACGAAGCAACAGCCUCGACAGUGGUCAUAGCAAAGUCGUCGUAAACUCAAUCCAUUACGCACACAAUAAUGAAAGUAGUGGCGUGCCACGCGUGGAUGUGUGUGUGCGGAAUGGUAGCGGCACAGCCAGUAAUAAUAACAGUAGUAAUAGUAGUAGUAGCUUUAGUAGUCCUAGCCAUUACAGCAUCAGCAGUAACUCUUACUAUAACAGCAAUUCGAUUAAUAACAAAACUCCACAUAAUCACAGCACAACAGCUGGCAAUGGCCUCGAACAUUCAAAGGGUGCUGAAGUUGUUCAACCGCUAGGACAGCAAUUGAACAACAUGCGAAACUCACCAGCCAUUGCCCGUCGAAGAAUGAGUGAAGACUCUGCAGCCAUUUCUCUACCUGCCGUACCAACGUCAUCUAGUAACGGCCCUGCUGGUGGUAGUACGUUUUUAUCUACUAAGCAAAAUUUACCCAAUAUUCAUAAACCAACAGCGGCGGACCCCGCGUUGAACGGAAAUGGCAAGAAUGUGCAACAAGCUACAAAUCCGUACUACUCAUCACCAAGUCCAGUAAACGGUAGGAACACUAGCUACAGUAACAAAUCAUAUCACGCUAACCAUACCACCAGCACAUCAUCUUCAACUCCAACUUCUACCCAUCCUACCGGAUACAUGUACGAAGCACGAUACCAAACGGAUUCUUUUGAUCAUCUCGAGCGUGAUCUAUUAAAAAGCGUACAGGAACUAAACCGUAUGUGCGGUUCCUCGUCCUCAGUAUGCUCGAUCGAUUCCGAGGAAUUGUACAGCGUAGAGGAUUUUCCACUGAAUAAGCGAUCUUCUGAACGAUCGCAGGCCAGUGCUGAUUCAGCGUAUCGCAGCAGUCUAUCCACGCAGUCACCACCAGAUUAUGCACCCCCUGUGCCAAUACGCCAGGUACGACCGGGUUCACGCAGCUCUACCACCAGUCAGAACCAACUUGCGCAGUCAACGACAGACAGCUCCUUCAACAGCCUUCCGCUUCACACAUCUCUUCCGCCCAUAACCAGUGUUUCGGUCAAGGGACACAAGCAGGAAUCACAUCCUUACAAAGAUAGCCCUGACGGGAUUCCAAAUCUGAUUAUGAAUCCUAUGUCCAAAUUUUGCCAUGAAUGUGGUGCGCGGUUCAUGAUCAGUAGCGCUAAGUUUUGCAUGUCGUGUGGCGUGCGACGAAUUACGUUGGAAUAA